AUGCUGUGGGUGUCCGAGCAUGGUGGCACUCACAUGGACGCUCCCUCUCACGUCGACCCAGGCGGUAAGACAGUCGACCAGGUGUCUUUAGAACGACUGAUGGGCACCGCUGUGGUCAUUGACCUGUCCCUGUCGGCUCAUUUGGACCCAGACACACAACUGCAAAUCCCAGAUAUCACAGGCUGGGAGGCCUGGAACGGACAAAUCCAGGAUAACUCCAUUCUGGCGGUUAACACAGGCUGGGGUCGAUACUGGCCCAAUGCGACGCGUAUCCUAGGAACGCCCAACCACAGCGAUCCGUCCGCUUUCCAUUAUCCCGGGGUCCAUCCAAAUGCUGCCAGUUGGUUGGUCGAAAACAGACCCCAAGUGGUUGCCAUAGCGGUAGACACGCCUUCUGUUGACUUUGGUCAAAAUAAAAACUACUCGGUUCAUCGAAUUUUUGCCAAAGCCGGCGUGCCCGUGUUUCAGAACGUGGCUAACUUAGAUCAGCUGCCUCCUAGUGGCUGCAAGAUUUUAGCCAUUCCGAUGAAAAUCGAAGGUGGAAGUGGCGCUCCGCUUCGAAUUUUCGCCAUUUUACACGAGCAUCGCGAGAAACAGCGAGAUCAUUUUCAUUUGACCACCGACCUGAGAUACUGUCACAGCGCAAGUGCAGACAUAUCAGCUGGAAGCCAGUUUCUACCCGACAAACGUUGUUUGUCAGUCGCUGUGUCUAUCUGCUUUUUCAUAUUUACGCAAGGCUUAAUUACGUGCAUGGGCGUAAAUUAA